AAGCACGCGCAUGACUGUGAAUCCGCCGUGCGCAUGCGCGUGGUCCUCGCCUCUCGGGAGCGCGCUCAGCGGUGGCGCGUCUGGUCUGGAGUUUAUUCAUCAACGCUCUCAAACUUCGGUAUUAAUCUGCGUUUGAGGAUGCGUGUCACGGUGUGAAAGGAAAAUACUGACUGACGUGCGGCUAAUUGGAUUGAGACGGUCCGCCGAGAGGAAGAAUAAAAGAAGUGAGUGAGAGGGAGAGAGCGAGGACGAAUAAUCCAGCUAAUCCAGCCGUUCAGACUCCUCUGAGCCACAGACCAAACACAGCGGAUCAUAUGUGCGUCUGAUGCGCUUCAGACGGGCUGUUUGGGGAGAUCCUGCGAUGCUGAAGUCCUGCGGUGGGAUUCGGAAACACUAAAGUAACUUCUCCGAGCGCUGGUGGACGUCAGGUGUAUCGGGACAAAGCCGAAGGAAGAGGACAAUCCUGGAUGUCACUCAUCUUACAAAACCUCACUUUUCUGGAGAAACGCUGUUCAACUUUGGUGUGGACAUGCACUCAGAUGCAGCUUUAAAGGAGACGUAAAAGACGUGAUGGUGUGAAAGUGAUGUUUGGAAGAAGUUCUGCUUGAUGUAAAUCUGAACGUGUCUCUAAAGAGAUUCAGUGAUUCUUUUACAAGCAUGGCGACAUGUUAGUUGGUUUUUGAAGUGUUUUUGUGCAAGAAACAUAAUUUAGUUCUACCAUCAGAGAGGGUGCAGGGUUUCUGCAUUCGCUAGAAGGUGUUUAAGUUCUUCGUAAAUCCUAUUAGGCUUCUUUAACAGGUUAUUUAUAAACUCCGGCUCGGGAUGGGCAGCAGCUCACAAACCGGUGCAGCUCAUAUAUUACAGACGUCUGAGCACUUAAAAGCAUUUGGUUAAUUGUACUAAGUAUUCAUUAGUAGUUAUGAUGGCGUUCAUAUCUUUCACCUGAGAGUUUGUCACAGUGCUUCAGAUCUUCAGUGACAUUUUUGCAGGAUAUUAUAAUCAAAGUGAGAGUUUUUGUGUUUCUGCUGCUCUUUCUAAAGUGAAUCUGAUCAGCUCACAGAAAAACACUUAUUAGCUUAUUAGCAAUUAGCUUAAACUACUGUUUGAAUUAAUGUCUUUAUAUAUACAAUUAUUUUCUGCCAUUUUUCUCUCUUUAGAUCUAUAAAAAUUAUUAUUUGAAGUUAAUUUAGCAUUUUUUUUUUGAUUGCUUUGUCGAGGUAGAUUUUUUAAAGUAUUUUUCCACAAAUAAUCUUCCUCUAAAUAUCUUUUAAUGAUUAUUUGACAUUAACAUGUACUCAAGUGAAUUUUUCCUGAUUGAUUAAUUGCUUCAUAAAACUAACAUUAAUCUUUUUAGUAUUUUUUCCACCAGUGUUUUCUCUCUGGAUCUGUUGUCAGAAUGAUUUGAUGUUAAUUCUUCUGGGUAUUUAAUCACUUCGUUAAACUAGUUUUUUUAUUUGUAAACAAUUUGUUCCACGUGACUUUUUUUUGUAAUAUUUUCUGAUACUUAUUUGACAUUACUGUACUAUUCAUUCUGCUGCAGUCACAUCUGGCAUCGGUUUUAAUUUGAGUAGUACGUCAUCAUCAGCUUAUAUUUUUGACAGACUUUUUGGCUUUGAUUUUAAGGAUCAUUCAAGUCAUAUUUCUCGCCAUGAGUCUGGGAAAGCUGCCGGCGAUCAAGGGCCUGGUGUCCACGUCUCAGGGCAAACGGCGGUUUAAGAGCGACCUGUCGGUGGACAUGAUCAGUCCGCCGCUCGGAGACUUCCGCCACACCAUGCACGUGGGCCGCGGUGGGGACGUCUUCGGUGACACUUCGUUUCUGAGUAACUACGGCGGAUCAGGUAACAGUGAUGGGAUACGGUACCCGGAUUCGCCCUCAGGCUCCAAACCAACGCGCUUUUUAUCGCGAACCCUGCAGCAUGUGAGAAAGACUCCUAUGCCCCGGCUGAGAGGAGGGUCACGUGACUUCUCGUCCCCUCCGCCGCCCAUCUCACCCAUCAUUAAAAACGCCAUCUCUCUGCCUCAGCUGAACAUGAACGACGUCGGCCUGAUGAGGGCGCUGUUGCCCACCUCCACCAGCUCACCGGACGAACCGCUCUGCUCCUACGGUCUUCGUUCUGGUUUUGUCACACUGCCUCGUUCAUCUCGUCUCGACCAGAGCUUUGCUGAAACGUCUGAGUUGCUCAGCUCAGAUAGUCGACGGAGUUCCUUACCUGAGAACAGCGAGGUCUCAAUGACACGAUCUGAUUCGCUCUCGUCCUUCACGGUGGACCUCGGCCCCUCCCUCAUGAGUGAGGUGUUGGAGUUGAUUGACAGCUCAUGCUGCCUCAAUAGGAGCCAUCGAGAUCAGGAGGAGGAGGAGGAGGAAGAAGAGCAGCAGAGCUCUGUGUUUGAGAUGGAUCAUGAAUGUCAGACAACUCCGAUCGCAGCAGACGUCACCAUCGAGCCCAGGAGGUUUCAGCAGGCUGCUAGCGUGCUAGCACGUCACUUUGGAGGAGGAAGACCUGAAGAGGAGCAUCAGAGACCGUCCUCUUUCAGACACACAAGGACGCCAUACAGCUUCACUGAAACAGAGGAUGAAAUCAAAGUAUGAAUAUCAGAAAUAAAACAUAAGGACAAUUAUGAUAUUAAAAAACAGAUUGAUUUUAAAAAAUGUAUUACAAUCUUUAUUUAUAAGUCCAAUUGAAAUGUGUUUUGAAAAUAAGAAUCCAGGGAUUUUUAUUUGGACAAUUUAAAGGACUUGAAAGAGACGAAUGGAGAGCCAUCUUUCUCUAUUAACGAACAUCAUUCAGAUGAACAAACAUUCAGCUAUAAACUGAUUUAAUCUUUGAAUCAAGUAUAUAUUCAUUAAAACUGUUCUGUACGAUAUUUUCACAAGUACAUUUAUAUUUUAAUGUUGUUUAAAUAUGCAUAUGCAUUUACAAAACCAAAAGGCAAUUACCAGGAUCUUUAGCACCUACAGUUAAUUAGAUCUAGAACUAUCUAUCUAUAGAUCUGUCUGCUAAAGCCAGUGUGUAUUUGUAUUUUUUUUUUCAUUGUGACAUUUAGAUUUUAUAAACCAAUUCCAGUUGUAUAUUUUACCAGAAUAAUUGGUCCAGUUUUAUACUUAAUGCUGACAGAUAUUUGUAUUUCUGAGCGAACAAGUAAUAUUAAUCUCAAAUUAAUAAUAUUCAUAUAUGCAGAAUUAAUUUAGGAGUUUCUUAUAUAGUAGAAAAGUGUAUAUAAUUUACGGUUAAUAAGUGUUAAAUAAAUAUAAAACAAAUUUAGGAACAUGUACAUGUCAUUGUUUUUAAUUCUUAAUGGACAAAGUGCUUUGAAAAAAAUAUCUCUUGACAUUUUUUUUUUGUUUUACAAAUAAAGGGCCAGUGUGUGCUGUGAUUGGUGAGCUGGGCCAGUGUGUGCUGUGAUUGGUGAGCUGGGCUAGUGUGUUGUGAUUGGAUUUGGGCGAGGGAGUUUUAAUGCUGGGCUGCGUUCAGCCCCGACAAAACGUUGCACAACAUUUUUUAAACAGAAACGGUGAUGCGUUGUACACACUGUUCUGAUGACGCAAGAGUUGCAACUAUGUCGGCUGAGAAGGCCAUUCUUUGUGUUCUUUGUGAAGAAUUUUCGGAGCCAUCUAUUUAGCCUCACAUUCUGACUUUAUUUGUAGUUCAUACGGUUUUAAUACCCUGUAUUUUCUUUUUCAUUAAAAAAAAAAAAACAUUUAAUUACCAUUGUUUAUUUCUAUACCAAAUGUCAUACACUUGCAAUGAAGCUCAAAAUAUAAACAACUACUUCAUUAUGUUGAUAUCCUAUAUUUUUACAAUAAAACUUACGACAAACA